AUGUUUUUGAUAAAUCUUUACAAAUAUCAUCUUACACGCAGACCAAUUUUAACACAAUCCAUAACCGCAGGAUUUUUAUGUGGCUUGGGAGAUACAAUAGCUCAACAUGUUGUUGAAAAACGAGGAAUUAAAAAUCAUGAUUCCUAUAGAACAAUUAGAAUCGGAGGAUUUGGUAUUUUGAUAGCUGGACCUGUACCAGCUGUUUGGUAUCGUAUACUAGAUCGAUAUGUUAAAUUUGAAAAUCCAAUAACUGGAUUGUUGGCACGUGUAGCACUUGAUCAAAUGGUCUUUGCACCAACUUUUAUAGCUGGUUUUUUCCUAAUUCAAGGAAUCUUGGAGGGUAAAACUAAACUUCAAUUAACUAGAAAACUUGAAAAAGCAUAUUUACCAGCAUUAUUAAAUAGUUAUAAAAUUUGGCCAAUCGUACAAUUAAUUAAUUUUCGUUUUGUACCAUUGGAUCAUAGAUUGUUGGUGGUUAACACUGUAGCGCUUGGAUGGAAUACUUACUUAUCUGUUACCAAUAAUAAAGUUCAAUGA